AUUGGAUCUUCAAUCUUCUUCAUCCAUCAGACACCUUCGCCGUUUCUCUCUUCUUCCCUGAUCCAGAUCAAAUUCCACCUAACCCUUUUAAGAAUCCAAAUCUCUCUCAUCAAAAUUCUCGCCAUUUUUGAAUCUCCUUGCUUUCUCUCUCCUCUCUGAUUCAUACCCAUCAUCAUGAGUUCUGCCGAUCUUCUCAACGUUCAACCUCCAGAACUCAAAUUUCCAGUUGAACCCAAGAAGCAGAGUUCGUGUUCAUUGACGUUAACUAACACCACUGAUAAGUAUGUAGCGUUCAAGAUUAAAACAACAAACCCUAAGAAUUACUGUGUUCGUCCUAACAAUGGUGUGGUUUUACCUGGUUCUCCCUGCAUUGUAACGGUAACAAUGCAAGCACAAAAGGAGGCACCUUUAGAUCUUCAAUGUAAAGAUAAGUUCCUUAUUCAAAGUGUGAUUGCUCCAGAUGGUAUAGAUGCUAAAGAUGUAACUGCAGAAAUGUUUGAAAAGGCACCUGGUAAGAUUAUUGGUGAUUUUAAGGUGAGGGUUGUUUAUUUACCCGCAAAUAAUCCAUCACCAAUUCAAGAAGGAUCUGAAGAUGGGUCUUCGCCAAGGGCAUCUGUGAUUGAUAAUGGAAACCAAGCUUCGUUACCAGAUUCUGCUUUUAGGUCUUCCGGUGACCCAUUGGAAAAAGCUUCAUCUGGGGUGUCUUCCUCUAUUAUGUCAAAACUGAUGGAGGAGAAAGAACUUGCUAUUCAACAAAACAUGAAGCUUCACCAAGAAUUGGAACUGUUGAGAAAUGAGACGGGGAAGAAGCAUGGUGGUGGCUUCUCGGUAUUGUUCGUGGUUUUAUUUGGUCUGAUAGGUAUUUUGAUCGGUUAUCUUUUGAAGCAAGCGUAGACGACGAUAGAACUAAAUAUGAAACUUACCCGAACCCCCAUCGUUAUUACUAUUUAUAAGAAAGAUCUAGCUUUUACUAGGACAUACAUGACAUGUUGAAAUUUGAGAAGUUUUUUUUUUAAGGUUAUAGGAUGCUUUUUUAUUUAACCUUUAAAACAAUUGAUUUGUUUAUUACUCUUUACCUACAUACCUUCUCUAUAAGGUGGAUAAUUUUAUUUUUGCUUGAAUUA